AUGGGCACGUCAGAGGGUCGAAGGUGGCGUUGUCCUGGUUCUGGGGAUGGGGAUGGGGAUGGGGAUGGGGAUGGGGAUGGGGAUGGGGAUGGGGAAGGGGAUGGGGAUGGGGAAGGGGAUGGGGAAGGGGAUGGGGAUGGGGAAGGGGAUGGGGAUGGGGAAGGGGAUGGGGAUGGGGAAGGGGAUGGGGAAGGGGAUGGGGAUGGGGAAGGGGAUGGGGAUGGGGAAGGGGAUGGGGAUGGGGAAGGGGAUGGGGAUGGGGAAGGGGAUGGGGAUGGGGAAGGGGAUGGGGAUGGGCAAGGGGAUGGGGAUGGGGAAGGGGAUGGGGAAGGGGAUGGGGAUGGGGAAGGGGAUGGGGAUGGGGAAGGGGAUGGGGAUGGGGAAGGGGAUGGGGAUGGGGAAGGGGAUGGGGAUGGGGAAGGGGAUGGGGACAUGCGCACGGUGAGAACGCAGGCCCUCACUCAUGGGGAAGAGGAGCAAGCAGUGAGGCGAAAGGGGAACUUGCGCAUGGGCAUGACGUCCCGCUCCCACGAGCCGAAGCGAGCUUGA